CCCUGCUGUCUGUCUCCGCGUCUGGAUGCGGGACGAUGCCUAUCCAGGUGUGCGGGAUUUAGGGAGGAUACUUUGUCGUUUUAACUCAUCCGUUCGGGUAGACUUAUCAUCAAGAUGGUGACCCCAGUCAUGCUUUUGUCCAUCCUCUCCACCCUCUUCUUAUCCGUCGCUGCGAUUAAGCCCAGGAUCUUUGAACCCAGAAUCUUUGACAAGGAGGCUACAGGCUUUGGUCCUAUAUUUGAGGAGGAACCACUGGACACGGUGUAUGCAGAGGAUUCCCCAGAAAACAAAAUAUCCAUGAACUGCAGGGUGCGAGCCAACCCACCAGCCGUUAUAAAAUGGUGGUUAAACAACUGGGAAAUUAAACUGAUGGAACAGCCUGAUGAGCACUUUAGCCUGGUGGGCGGAAACCUGGUGAUCACCAACCCAGACAAAGGGAAGCAUGCUGGGAAAUACGUUUGUGUGGCCAAUAAUGUAUACGGAGUGGUCAUCAGCAAGGAGGCCAUCGUCAAGUUUGGAUAUCUGAAUCAGUUCCCUACAGAUGAGCGGGAGCCAGUGAAUGUUAAAGAGGGUCAGGGGGCGGUGCUACUGUGUUCACCACCCUCUCGCUAUCCAAGCGAGGUGCUGUUCCGCUGGAUCUACAACGACUUUCCCAACUUCAUCAUCCCCGAUCAGAGGCGCUUUGUGUCCCAGACCACUGGCAAUAUGUACAUCGCUAAAGUGGAGGCCUCGGAUGUUGGGAAUUAUUCUUGCUUUGUGUCAAGCCCGACCAUCGGCAAGAGUGUUUUCAGCAUGCCCAUACCUCUGAUUCCACAAAUCGAGAAGGAGGUGAAGAGAUAUCCUGCAGAUAUUCGUGUCAAAUUUCCCAAGACAUAUGCUUUGGUGCAUCAGAACAUCACUUUGGAGUGCUUUGCCCUUGGAAAUCCACUCCCACACAUCCGCUGGAGGAAAUUGGACGCUGAUCUUCCACCCAACUACGAGGUCAGCAUGAAUGGAGCUUUGCUGCAUUUGCUUAAUGUGCAGUAUGAAGACGAGGGCAGCUACGAGUGCGAGACCCUCAACAUCAAGGGGAUGGAUUGGUAUCGCCAGUGGCUCUAUGUGGAAGGUCCACCAGAAUGGGCGGAGCACAUCAAUGACACAGAGAGGGAUGUUGGCACUGAGCUCACUAUGAGAUGUGUCGCUGUGGGGAAGCCGUUGCCAUGGAUACGCUGGCUGAAGGAUGGCUACUCAUAUGGUAAAGGGGAGCUUAAAUUUUCCAGUCUAACAUUUGAAGACUCAGGCAUGUAUCAGUGUAUUGCUGAAAACGAAUGGGGGACCAUCUACGCUAAUGCAGAGCUACGGGUCGUCUCGUGUGCACCAACAUUUAUUUAUAAUCCGGUGAAAAAGAUUUUGCUAGGGGCUGAAAAUGGACGCGUGGUGAUAGAGUGCAAACCCCGCGCUGCUCCUAAACCCAAGUUUAUCUGGAAAAGAGGUUCAGAACUGCUGAACAACUCUUCAAGGAUGCUUAUCUGGAGUGAUGGUUCUCUAGAGAUUCUGAACGCAACGAAAAGCGACGAGGGCUCAUACACGUGCUAUGCUGAGAAUGACCGAGGCAAAGGCAACAGCACAGGGACCCUCACUAUCACCGAGGCCACCAAGAUCACUGUAGCUCCAUCAGUCUCUGAAGCGGUUGUAGGUGACAGUAUCGUUCUGCAAUGUUCUGCAUCCUAUGACCCCAGUCUGGACAUCACCUUUAUUUGGACCGUGGACUCUCACACCAUCAACUUCUUCACAGAAUGGGAUCAUUAUGAGCUGCUCAGGGGUCCCGAGUCCAGUGGAGAUCUGCUGAUUAAGAACAUUCAGGCAAACCAUGCGGGACGUUACAGCUGCACGGCGCAGACUAUAGUAGACAACGCCACUGCUGAAGCUGAUGUCUUUGUCAAAGGUUUGCCUGGACAGCCAGGGGGCGUCCGUGUGGAAGAGAUCAAAGACACAUCAGUAAAGUUACGUUGGUGUCUGGGAUCAGACCAUGGCAGUCCACUCAUACAACAUGUUGUGCAAACACGAGACUUCUAUGCAUUGGACCUUGAAGACUGGAAAACCGCAUCCACCACUCCGGUGUUUUUGGAUGGGUCAGCGGAGUCGGCCACCGUGGUUGACCUUUACCCCUGGAUGCAAUAUGAAUUCCGUGUGUACGCUAUCAAUGAAUUUGGAGCUGGGGAAUGCAGUCGACCCUCCAUUAAAAUCAAGACAUGGGAUGCCAGGCCAACAAUGGCUCCUAGUGACGUCAACGGCCAAGUGGGAAUAACUGGAGAGCUCAUAGUCACCUGGAGCCCUGUGAAUCCUCAGUUCUUCUUCGGUAAAAAAUUUGGCUACGUCGUGGCGUUCAAGCAGCACGAGGAUUACGAGUGGAAGUGGUCGACCGUGGAGGAUCCGGAGACCAGACGUUACAUCUACAGAGAGAAAAUGACACCAGACAGUGAGAUCCAGGUGAAAGUGAGCACCUUUAAUAAUAAAGGUGAAGGACCCGCGAGCCUCAUCUCGGUUGUCUUCUCACCAAGACUCGCACCAAGUGAAGCUCCAUUAGAUGUUUACGCCCGGCAGGUAACCUCCACAGAAGCUUUAGUCUGGUGGCUACCCGUCUAUCAGUCACCACCAAACUGGGUUGACGGAUACCAGAUUCGUUACUGGAGAAAAUACGAUGACAACGAAGCGGCUGCCGGUCGAGUCCUGGUGCACAGAAUGGUUAACCAAACACGUCUGGAAAACAUGCGACCUGACUCUCACUAUCUUAUAGAGGUACGAGCGUUCAAUGGAGCCGGGCUCGGGCCCCCCAGCGAACACUGUGAGAUGUUCACAAGAAGACCACCUCCAAGUCGCCGUUUGAGAGUGUACAAAUAUGUCAGCUUCAACCGCAAAUGGCUCUAUCUGUACUGGGAUCACAUCUAUAACUACUGGAACGAGUCUUAUGUGGAGGGUUACAAAAUAUUGUUCCGUAAAGAAGGCGAGCGGUACGGAAAGCUUUACACCACGGGGAGACACUACAUAGACUUCCCUAUGCCAGAGACUGGAGAUUAUGUCAUUGAGGUCAGAGCACGCUGUGAGGGAGGUGAUGGACCCAUAUCACAGAUCAGAGUGCAAGGUAAAGCAGCUCUGGGUGCUACAUCUCUCAGCCUGGUCUCUCUUGUUCUGUUGGCUUUGGGCUGGAUGAAUCUAAUUCUUUAGGUCAAACUGACUUUUCCACAAUGCUAGUAUAAUCUGUGUUUGUCACUUUGCUGAAGACAACUUCGUAAAGGUUUUCUUGGUGCAGAUUAGGCUUUUGUGAGUGUAGUUUUAUGUUCUCUUUCCUCACCUUAAUUCAAGCCUCAAUCUGGGCCUCGGAAACCAUCUCUAAUAAAUGUAUUGAUCACAGACUGAAACAAAUCAUUUUUGCCUUACAAAAUGGCCACAAUCAACUUUUAAAACCUUAUAUAUUAAAACAGGGUGUUGUGAACUGUUAAUGAUUAUUUCACCACAGUAUUCCAGUCCACAAGAUUGUAUCCAUUUCAGUAUUCAAAGCAUUUCAAUCUUGAUUAUUUAUAAACCGUUUCGUCCAUGUGUCUUUUGGCUUUUUUUCAAAAUGUGUUUCAGUGUAUUUGUGUCAGAGCUUUGUUUGUAGUUUUAUUAUUUUAAAUAUUUGUCAAUACACCAUUUGUUUAUUUGUCAUUAAAUAAGAAAUGUCACAUUA